AUGAAGGGGGCCCAGGGGGGGCCCACAGAUCUCUGCAACCUCAAGGACCUGGCCCUCAGCCCCUCCACUUUCCCUGUCCCUCUCCUCCCACUCCCAUCUCCUCCCUGCCAACCCCUGUCUCAUGUAGGGACCUUCACUAUCCGGCUGCUUCAAACCUCUACCUUCCAAAACACCUCCUUUGUGGACACGGAGGGGAUAGGCCUGCUGGAAGACAUCGAACUUGUGUCUCUUGAGAAGCACACCUGGGCCAUCCACUUCUGCCAGCCCUGGGUGCGUCCAGCCCUGCCCCACAGUGAGUGGGACACCAUUGACAACAUGCUCAAGAUCUAUUUGCAUCAGUUCAUCCGACAGAUCAAUGAAGGGGCCAUGCAGAAGGAUGUGCCCUGUGACUCGGCCCUUCCAGACCCCUUUGUGGCUCAGGUCAUGGCAGGCUGCAAGCUCUACCCCAACAGAACCUCUCAGAUAUUCUCCUAUGUGGGCUACAAUGGGCAGGACUUCCUCAGCUUCAACACAGACAGUGCCACCUGGACCCUCUCCCAGGACACCGACCUGGCACGGUAUGUCAGGGAUGUCAUCCAGAACGACACAACCCUCGUUGAGGCGGUGAAGGACCUCUUGAACGAUACCUGUGUCAAUGCCCUGGAGAUGUUCCUGAGUUACGGCAGGGCAGCUCUGGAGAGACAAGAGCUGCCCGUGGCCACGGUCUUUGCCCGCACGCCCAGCCCACACCAGCUGCUGCUGGUUUGCCAUGUCACCGCCUUCUACCCCCGGCCCAUCAGCGUGGCCUGGCUGAGGGAUGGCCACGAGGUGCCUCCGGGCCCGCAGCUCAACACCAGCCCCGUCCUGCCCAACGCUGACCUCACCUACCAGCUCUCCAGCGUCCUGGCCGUGGCCCCCCAGGACGGGCACAGCUACGCCUGCCGCGUGCGCCACCGCAGCCUGGGCACCCGCAGCCUCCUCGUCCCCUGGGGUAGGUGCCACCCGGGGGCACGGCAAGGGGCGCCCCAGCCGCCCACCCGCUGCCAUGGAGCAAAGCCCGGCAAGCUCAUGGCAGCCCCUCCUUCUAUUGCCCAGGCAACUCACAGCUGCUGCUCAUCACAGGGCUCGUGGCCGGGCUGCUGGGAGCCGUGGCUCUUGCUGCCCUGAUGCUGCUUUGCCUCUGCAGACGCAGGUGAGUCUCCUCCUGCCCCACACAGCAGCACAGGGACAGGAGGGCAGGGGAUGCCCCAGGGCAUUUCUGCACUGGGCAGCAGAGCUCCGGCUUCAGCCCUGACAGCUCCUCUCUGCACCCCUACAAGGUCUCUGCCCUGCAGCAGCCGUCAGCUGUCCCCCUCUCCUUUCAGAAAGCACCAGGGCACAGAGGAAUCACAGUCCAGGAGCUCCAUCCUGAGCAAAGAAGCUUAGCCCAGAAGGGAGACAACUGUCCCCGUUCCCUCUUGGCACCUGUCAGCCAACAGGGACAAGAAUUACCUUCUUCUGCUUCAAGAUUGCAAGACUAACUCGACUCAGAGAUGCAGAGGAAAAAUCUGGGUGGCUUCUGACUCACUUGAAUUUGC